UCAAGACGUGCUGUCAUUGGCUAGAGGCUGUUAAUUAAAUCCACGGAAACUACUCGGGCACUAGUCAAAAGUUAUAAAUACGACCGAACAUUCCGUGGUGCUUUGCAGUGUUUGCGUGAAAUGCUAAUAUGGCAAUUUUCGCAAUACCUCGUCGCGAAUACCUCCGGCAGGCAAGUUUCGCUUCAUCAACAAUGUUGGGAAGCCUUCUUUGAAUUAUAGUUUUCCUGCAUUGGUUGAAGCCGCAGGAAAGCUACGAAAGUGUAGACACGAGUGGUUAGUUCGAUUCACAUGGCUUGUGUAUUCAAAGUAUCUCGAUGGCGUCUUCUGUCUUCCAUGCUGUUGUUUUGGAAUACAAUAUGGCAAAAACGCAGCGAGGCUACAGAAGCUUUUCCGAUCGCCGCUUACUUUCUGGACAACGGCUGUAACGCGACUCCAAAAUCACUCAUCCGGCAAGUGUGAAACACACAGCUUCUCUGUGGUGGCCAUGGCAAACUUCAUGGAUGUGAUGACGAGACGCACUGUGGCGAUUGACGAGCAGUUAAACCAGAUUACUUUUCGGCAGAUCCAACAGAAUCGUGAAAAGAUGAGGUUUAUUAUUAAGACCGUAGUGUUUUGUGGUCAGAAUGCGUGGCUUUACGUGGUGCAAGAGAUGACAAUCCUGACGACGAAACUCUUCAGGGCAAUUUCCAAGCUUUGUUGGCUUUUCGUGUUGAUAAUGCCCCUUCGAUUUGAGAAUGCCCCUCGAAAUGCUACCUACCGUUCAAAAACAAUCCAGAACGAGAUUAUUAACACUGUUGGCAGUUACAUUACUCCAAAAAUAUCUGCAGAAAUUAAAGAAAGCAAGUUGUUUUCAGUGUUGGCAGACGAGGCAGCUGAUAUAUCCAACAAAGAGCAGCUUUGCUUAGUCCUACGAUUUGUCGAUUCAAGUCAGCAGAUUCGAGAGGAGUUUGUUGGUUUCUACCAUUGUGAAGAUGGAACCAGUGGAGUGGCAUUGAAAGAGAUGAUUCUGAAGGCUGUAGCUGACCUUGGUUUACCAAUGGCUAACUGCAGAGGUCAAUCCUAUGAUGGUGCUGGCAAUAUGGCGGGAAAGUACAAUGGUGUUUCGUCACUUAUCCAAGGUCAGUUUAGCAAAGCUUUAUAUGUUCAUUGCAUGAACCACUGCCUCAAUCUCUGUGUUGCCGAUACUUGCUCUGAAUAUUUAGUUAAAGACAUGAUGUCUGUUGUAAGGAGUCUUUCCUCUUUCUUCUCUGGCUCUCCUAAACGGCAACAGCAUUUAAAAGAGAAGGUUAAGUCUUUAUUGCCUGCUUCCAAGCAUGAAGUUUUAAUUAAUGUUUGUGAGACCAGGUGGAUUGCUCGCCUUGAUGGCUUGGAUAGAAUUGUUGAGCUCCUUCUCCCAGUUGUAUGUACGAUAGAAGAUAUUGCACACAAUAGGAAAGGGGGGGACGAAGAAUCUGAUUCUGGUGAUUGGAAUCAAAAUAGCAGAGCAGCUGCUAAAAAGAUGCUGCCCUCUAUAACUUUUCAAUUUGUUGUUACUUUGGUCAUAGUUAGAUAUAUAUUAGACUUAACUAGACCUGCAACUGUAAAGCUGCAAAGAAAAGAAAUGGACCUUUUGAAGGCUCAUUCAGAAAUUUCAUCUUUGAAGAAAAAUCUUCAAGACUUGAGGUCCAACAUUGAUAGAGAACACCAUAAACUCUAUCAGGAGGCAGUGGAACUUGCAGCUACAAUUGGGCUUGACCCCUGUAAGCCUAGAAUUAUUCCAGUGCAAGCACAUAGAAAUAAUAAUCCAUCAGAUUCUAUUGAAGGGCAUUAUAGAGUUAAUCUUUCUGUUGUUUUUCUUGAGCAUGCUUUAAAUCAACUUGAAACUAGGUUCCCUCCUGAAGCCUAUACAUGUUACAGUGGGUUUUCUAUAGUUCCCACUGUUAUGUUGGCAAACCCAUCCACAUGGAAAAAUUCUGUUACACUAUUUUGCCAACAUUAUUCUAGUGACAUCCCAAAUGUCAUUGGUUUGCCUGCCGAAUUAACUUUAUGGCAAAGAAGAUGGGAAGAUAAGGUUGAGGAAGUUGGUAUAGACAAACUUCCUGACAGGAUAUCCAAAACACUAAUAUCUGUAGACCCUGUAGCUUUUCCAAAUAUUUUUACUGUAUUAAAGAUAUUGGCAACUAUUCUUGUCACCUCCUGUAGCUGUGAAAGGUCAAUUUCAUCUCUCAGACUUCUUAAGAACUAUUUAAGGAACACUACAGGCCAGGAAAGACUAAAUGGUUUGACCCUAAUGCAUGCACAUAAGGCAAUUUCUCUGGAUUAUGAACAGAUCAUUGAUCUGUUUGCUACCCUUCAUCCAAGAAGAAUGAGAAUGGUGCAUAUUUUAUGUAGUGAUGACUAAAUUGACUAAUUAUUCAUGACUAUGACAUGUUAAUUUAUGUGCAAAUGUGCAUGAUUAAUUGAAUAUUAAAUGCACAUACAGUAUAUAUUUGAUCAAAUGCAUACAGCCAUAAAGAACAAUAUUAAGCUAGCAACUUAAUAGACAUGAAUUCAUAAAAUGUUUCACAUUUUGUUAGGCACAUUUGUAUGUGUUUUAAAUAUUUCCCGAUAAUCCCAUCUUUGACUUCUAAGUUUCUUCUUUGGAAGUGGUGGUUUGCUUUGACAUAUACUGAAAAACUGAAAUGUUACUUUGCUAACAAUGGUCAACUGCAUACGAAUCAGAUCAUCCAGUGAUAUCCUAAGAUGUUGUAUAACUUUGAAAGAACAGUGGUAGUUGUGUGCCAAUUGUCAUUGUCAUCUUACAUUACUGACGUGAAGUCACAGUGAAGAUAGCAGAAGAAGAAAUGAACAAUGAGAUAUUCAUAUUGAUCAUUGACAUAAAGUAUAAACUUAAAGGUUCUUUUUUAGAGACUGCAAAUGCCUCAAAAAAAAAAUGAACUUUAAUUGUUAAUUUGUGUUUAUUCCAGGACCUGGACCUUACAAUGACAUAUUCAUAUUCAUCAUUGACAUAAAGUAUAAACUUAAAGGUUCUUUUUUAGAGACUGCAAAUGCCUCAAAAAAAAAAAAAAUGAACUUCAAUUGUUAAUUUGUGUUUAUUCCAGGACCUGAACCCCCCUCCCUCCCCUUAGCUAACUCGCGCCUCACGGUGAGAGCUAGUGUUGUCUUGGAAACUAGUCACAAGAACGUCUACAUCCACCCCUGCAGGUUAGUAUAUCUUUCAUUUAAAGUGACGAUAAGA